AUGGCGAGCGAAAGCGGAUCCAAAGAGAUUGAAAAGGAGGUUGAGAAAGGUUCUGAAGAGGCAAAAGAUGAAACAGGACGAGUGACGAUUCCUCGUGUUCCACCGGCAAAGCGGCCGCGGAAGCGAAGAUCCGAAAGAAUGAGCAGCAUUUUAUCUGACAACAGAAAGAGCGUUUUACGAGUCACGGGAAAGAAAAAAGCUACAGAGACGCCGGACGCAUUCGGACAUAGAAAGGAAUCGAUUGGGGAGGCAACGCCGUUUUUGACAAAAGCUGGUCGAAUUCCGGGAUUGGGACAGGAUGUUCUCAUGGAUCGGCUGCAUCUACGGGUUGCGAAAAGAGAUGAACAGUGGCGAACUAAAAAUAAAGGCUCCAACAUCUCAAAAGCGAUCCUGGAGAGCUUCAUAAACGACAAGCAGAUGUUUCCCUUGAUUACCGACGUUAAUCGCUCCCUCCCAGAAGUCCCACUACUGCGCGGCACAAAGAAAUCCGAGUCCUAA